AUGAACAACGAGGGGCACGGCUUCUGGCGGCGUCGCCGCAGCCUUACAAAACUGCCUGAUUCUAUGGGAGGAAGUUACAUCCCCACACCGGUUCCUCAGCAGCUGCCUAGGGAAAAGAAGGACGAUUUCGCCUCGGUGGCAGGGAAAACUUACGAAUACACGGCCCUUGAGCCCGACGAGAUUCGACUCAUGGUUCUGCAUCGGGGCCCCACUGGCCCCUAUUCCCACCGCGAUCAAGAGCUUCAAUGCUCCCUCGAAACGUUAGCCUUGAAUAACGCCCAGGCAACAGGCUAUGAAGCCCUGUCUUAUGUCUGGUCGGCCGGGAAUCUUUACGGAUAUACAGCUCAGCUUUACCCCGAGGAAGUAGGACGGCCCAACAGGCGGGCGCUGGCGCCUCACGAAUGCCGAAUCUGGUGCCAACAUGACAAGGAUGCUAAAAAGUCCGGGUUCCGUGCCGUGACGUCGAAUCUCAUCGAGGCGCUCUCGCGACUCCGAAAUGCCUCCGAGGAUCGUAUCCUGUGGGUCGACGCAAUAUGCAUUAAUCAGGAUAACGAGGACGCCGAGAAGGCCGCUCAAGUGCCCCUGAUGGCGACGAUAUAUUCUUGCGCGUCGCGGGUGUUGAUUUGGCUUGGAGAGACGCUGUCACGACCGAUUAUGGACGUCUCGCUCAACAGACCUGAUAUCACUGACUCCGCGUUUGACUAUAUUACCUGGGUAAACGAACUAAAACCAGGGGAGAGGAAUCUCAACUAUUACUUGGAUACCAAACCCAGUAUCUUCUUCAGUCAAAUUAUGCCGAGCUGGGGAAUGUUCCAGGAGUUUCUAGCACGUUGCGUCUGGUUCCAGCGGACGUGGACGUUCCAGGAAGCUGUGAUGGCGGAGCAAGCAACAGUAAUAUGCGGCGGCCGUCAGGCGUGCUGGGAUGCAUUAUAUCAGGCUUGUUCUUUUCAGGCUCGAGGCAUGGAGGAAAAUAGUGGCUUAGUCCAUCGCGGGAAAAAUGUGGAGGCUAUGAAGUUCGUCCUCGAGAUACAAUGCCUCCGCAAGCGUCGACCGUCAUCCGUGAACACGGAGAAGGAAUGUUUGACAGACGCUGACCCUUGGAGGCUUGAUCGGCUAUUGUGUACUACCCGAUCCAAAGGUGUCACCUGUUUACAUGACAAGGUCUACGCGGUUUUAAGCAUGGCAAGCGGCCCCGACCUACCACUCCCAGACUACAAUACUUCUCCUACAAAGGUUUAUGGUGAUGUGGCUCGAUAUCUUGCUCGGAACCUGGAUGGGGGUUGGACUUCCGUGCUCAGCUACGUUGAGUUAUCCCACCGAUAUAUCGUGGAAGAACUGAGAGGAUUGCCGAGCUGGGUCCCAGACUGGAGUUUUCCAACCGAUGCUGCUUCAGUGUCAUUGUAUGCCAAUUUCCGAGCCGCCGGGGUUUCAGUCAGCCAAUGCUUCGUGCUGGAGAAUAAAGAUGGAAACCAGGACCGACCUUUAUUGUCGAUCCGUGGUGUCCGCUUAUUCACCGUCGAUAGAGUAGCAAAAGCUUCACACGAAGAUGAGAACGAACCUAUCGACAUGCCAUGGGCAAUAAUCGAGAACUACCCGCUGAAAGCAAAUGAAUCCUAUCUAGAGGCGUACAGCAAGGUAGUCAGACCGGACACCGUGGACUUGGGAGACCCACAAGAAGACCUAUUUUGGACCCAGCCACCGCCGUUCUGGGAAAAUUUGGAAAAAUGGACUGCUCGUCAGUCAGGGCGGGCUGGGUGUGGAUAUUUUUAUAGUUGGGCGACGCUGUCUGGGCCGAGAUUCUACAGUCACUUGCCGCAAAUGGCCCCGAAAACAUCCCUUCGUGCUGGUUUCACCCCUAUCCACAACGGACGACGACUCUUUCUAGGAUCUAGUGGCUGUCUCGGUUUGGCGCCUUUGGCCACAAGGAAAGGGGACCAUGUCUGUCUACUCCUAGGUGGGGACGUAUUGUAUGUGAUCCGACCGGCCCUAAACGGGCGUUUUACGUUCGUAGGCGAGUGUUUCGUCUACGGGUUGAUGCAUGGGGAAGCCAUGGAAUCUCUACCUGAAGAUAGAGUCGAGGAUUUUGUUCUCGAAUAG